CGGAAGUCCUCCGGUGGUUGACCCAGUUUCCGGUGCUGCCACCUACUGUCGCGGAGGAGGAACAGCACAGACACGCGGUCGAGGUUUCCUGCCUCCAUCUAGUGAUGUGGACUGAAAACUGCAACUAGACAGCACGCUGUCGCUGUCAGCUACCAUCCUGUUAGGCUGAAGGGUGCUGUGGCCGACGCGGUUAAUCACACUGACACAGGAUCAUUUAUGGUCUCGCGCUGAAAUAAUGUCAGACUCGGAGCCUGACAGAUCGACUCUCUUCAACCCCACGUGUGACAGCUCAAAGAGACAGUGGACUCUGUGGAAGAAAGGUUAUCUGCUGUGUGGUUUGACUGAGCCUCUUGGAUGAAAAAUGGCCACCCGAUACAUCAAGCACAAAUAUCUGUGGAUUUAUGUUUUGAAUUAUGAGAAACUGUGAAUAAAACAAAAAUGGAAAUUCCACCUGUGGUGAACUUGGAGGGACAUCAGUUUCGGACUGUUUUAGGAUCACACAAAUUUUCAACUCAGGGGUCGUCUUCAGAAAAUGUCUCAACAGACCACCGAGGGGAUCAUUGUUUCCCUGAAGCCCAAACCUGCUCGCUGUUGGAACCGGAUCAGGACAAAACCAAGCUAAAGAAGAGUUUUGUCUCCGUCGGUCAGAACAACAAUGAAUUCCCUGAGGCUGUGUGCUUUGAGGAGCCUGGGCACGUGUCCGUGAUUCCUGGGGGGAAACCGCUGGACCAGAGUCCACUGGCCUCAGCUCAGCUCCACAAAGCAGGUAUUGUGUUCACAUCACCAAGCUCAAAUGAAGACUGCUGCGGUGACUUUCCACUUCCUGUACCUGUCCCAGAACGCCAGUCACACCAGGUGGCUUAUAAUCAGGCUGGUCAGACAGAAGAUUCGAACUGCGGAUGUGCAAAAACAGAAUUCCAGAAUUUAGAGCCAAUUUCAAAUGGCCAUGUUUAUAGAAAUCCAGGGGACCAGUGCUCCAUCCCCAGUCUAGUCUCCAAUCCUCAGCUUGUUGUCCCCACACCUGUGCAUGAUUCGGGCUGUAAAGUCCUGGAUCUCCCAUGCAUUGUUAAGCACAAACUGAGCUCCAUCACCUUCUCUGACAACACUUGCUCCACCGGAGCCGACGGCCAUGCUUUUGCCAACGAGACUUCUGAAGAUGGAGAGUCUUCACCGGAGGAGGAGGAUAGUCAUGAUGAUGCUGAUGAUGGCGACGAUGACGAAGUUUUCCCAGAGUUGCCUCAGAGUCGAGAGCUCCAAGUCAAUUCCAGACAUCGGAGGAGUUGCAAAGACAAACAGAAGAGGAGAGGAGCUGUCAGUGCCCGAGCAGAAACCGAGCACACAGUCAACAACAAUGGUUAUGAAGCAGAGGGGGAAACCAGCAAUAAGGAGUCUCCCUGGUCAGAAUCAAUGAGCCAGCUGAUGAGGAAACUGGACCAGCUGAAUCUGGACAUAGAGGAGGCUCUGAGUGCGAGCUCGUCUCCCUCCACCACACCCUGCACCACCCGCAAGAAACAGUGGGGUGCUGUUUCAAAGUCCACUCCAAACCAAACCCAGAAGUACCAAGUUCUCCAAAUACCCAGCAGAGGGGAAUGUCCGAGCCCAGACGGAUCUCCUGCCCCUCACAGCGCCUCAAUGGGAACAAGAACAAGAAGCAAGAAAACGAUGUUCAAUAAGAUGACCAAUGCAGCAGGUGCAGAAAUUGAGGCAAAGGAGGCGUGUGACUGGCUGAGGGCAGCAGGAUUUCCCCAGUAUGCUCAGCUCUUUGAAGAUUCCCAAUUCCCUAUUGACAUUACUCCUGUGAAGAGAGAUCACGACUUUCUGGAAAAAGAUCUCGUGGAACCUCUUUGCAGACGACUCAACACCUUGAACAAGUGUGCAUCUAUGAAACUUGACGUGAACCUUCCGAAGAAGAAAAGUGAAGACUCUGAUGAAGAAGACCUGUUUGCUAUCAGUGACAAAUGGACCUUUGAGUGGAGCAGCCGGCGCUGGUCCAGGUUACAGGACAUUGACUGUCUGCUGGGGAACCACAGGGAGGGUCUUCCCUUCAGGGAGGGCGUGCCUCUGAGAACCACCACCAGCAGUGAGAGUGUUCUGACAGACCUCAGUGAGCCAGAGGUCUCCUCUUUGCACAGCGAGAGCAGCGGCGGCAGUGGUCACAGGGGCCUCAGCACUGAGGACUCUGACUGCUCCAACCGCACCUGCUCGGAUUCUGCCGCAAUGCCAGACUCUACUUCUCUAACAAUGCCUCACAUCCCCAAAGAAAUUCCUCACUAUGGCUCCCUGUCUGACAAGCACAGCAAGACAAGCCGCACCUGUGCCAAAGAUUUCCUGAAGCGCAUGGAGACACUGCGCUCUCGAGGAACUCUGGGAAGGGGUCGUAAGACACUGGUCAUCAGUUCUCCAGUGCUACAGCAGGAGGCCCAGGCACUGAAGACACUGCAUUGUGUUGAGAUCAUAAAUGGAGAUGGUGGGGCUCCAGAGCCACUGUCCAACAAAGUCCCUCCGUCCCAGUGUGGUAGUGAGGGAAGCAGCCAUUCUAGUGGCAGCGCCGUCAGCACACCCAGUUUGAAAGAGCAUAAGCCCCAUCGGUCUGACCACAAGCGUAGUGGAAUGUAUUUGGAGGACAUAGACAUCUUCUCAGACACCCAAAUGAAUAAAGUUGCAGAACAAAACCGCAAGAAUGAAUUCUGUUCCUAUGAAGACCUGGUCGUCCACAUUCCUAAAGACCACAAGCCAGGAACUUUCCCCAAAGCACUCUCCAUAGAGAGCCUGUCCCCAACCAUCGGGGCCUCUAUUAACUGGCACACCGGCAGCAUGCACCUGGACUCCCCUCUAAUUUCCUGCAGGAAGGAAUCCAGGCCUGUCACUCAGUGCUGCUCCAGAGGUAGCCGCAUCAGUGUAUAUGAUAAUGUUCCUGGCUCACAUCUGUAUGCCAGCACUGGAGACCUGAUAGACUUGGAGAAAGAGGACCUCUUUCCUCACCUAGACGACAUCUUAUUGCAUGUCAAUGGUCUGCAGCAGAUAGUGGACCACUGGUCUCAGAAUGUGUUACCUGGAGGAGAAGGGCUGGCGCAGAUGGAUGGCGAGAGGGAAGACACAGCAGGGCUCCAGUCCUCUAGUCAGAUCACACUGGACUUUGAGGGAAAUUCAGUCACUGAAAGCCAGACCACUCCAAGUGAUGGGGACAGAGACAGGGUCUCACUUGCUGAGACAGAAUCGACGAGGCUCAGGGACAGGAGGGACUCGGGAGUGGGUGCCUCUCUCACACGACCCAAUCGGUUGCGAUGGCCCAGCUUUCAGAUAUCUAAUCGUCUAAGUCACUCCGUGGCAUCCCUGCAGAUAACCAACCAGUCAGCAGGCCAGCUGAGUUUGUUACAGAAGUUUUCUCUGCUGCGUCUUACUGCAAUCAUGGAGAAGUACUCCAUGUCCAACAAGCAUGGCUGGACUUGGUCUGUGCCAAAGUUUAUGAAGAGAAUGAAGGUACCAGACUAUAAGGAUAAGAAUGUGUUCGGAGUGCCUCUCAUAGUGCACGUGCAGCGUUCUGGACAACCCCUGCCCCUUGGCUUGCAGCAGGCCUUGCGGUACCUGAGGAGCCAGUGUCUUGACCAGGUGGGUCUCUUUCGCAAAUCAGGGGUGAAGUCUCGUAUUCAAGCUCUGAGGCAGAUGAAUGAAAGUUCUCCAGACAACGUCAACUAUCAGGAUCAGUCUGCCUACGAUGUGGCUGACAUGGUGAAGCAGUUCUUCAGGGAUUUACCAGAGCCUCUGCUGACAAGCAAGCUGGGGGAGACCUUCCUCCACAUCUACCAAUAUGUGCCGAAGGACCAACGGUUGCAAGCUGUCCAGGCAGCCAUCAUGCUGAUGUCAGAUGAAAACAGAGAGGUGCUGCAGACGCUGCUCUGUUUCCUCAGCGAUGUUACUUCUUCUGUGGAGGAGAACCAGAUGACACCCAUGAACAUUGCCGUGUGCCUGGCCCCUUCUCUCUUCCAUCUCAACAUACUCAAGAAAGACAAUCUCUCACCAAGGGCCAUGCAGAAGAAGUAUGCCACUGGCAGGCCAGACCAGAAGGAUCUGAAUGAAAAUUUAGCAGCAACACAGGGCCUUGCUCACAUGAUCAUUGAGUGCAACCGUCUCUUUGAGAUCCCUCAUGAGAUGGUCACUCAGUCACGUAAUUCAUAUGUGGAGGCUGACUUGCAUGCACCAACAAUUGACGAGUUGUGCAAGCAGCUGGAAGAUGAUGAUGGAACACACCAAACACAUAUGGAGGGGAGGCUUCAGAACCUGCUCAAGGAGGCCCGGGAAAAGUCCAAAUACUGGGUGGCAUGCAGCAGCUCUGACAACACAGAGCUUUACUAUAAGAAGGUGGGAGAUGGCAACCCUUUGAGACGAUGGAGAGUUUCUGUGGAGGUGGAAGCGCCACCAUCAGUAGUGUUGAAUCGGGUGCUACGAGAGCGCCACCUGUGGGAUGUUGACCUGCUACAGUGGAAAGUGUCCGAGACACUGGACAAGCAGACGGAAGUGUUUCAGUACGUCCUAAAUCGCAUGCCCCCUCACCCCAGCCGGGACUUUGUCGUUCUCAGGUCAUGGAGGACAGAUUUGCCCAAAGGUGCUUGCUCCCUGGUUUCUGUAUCUAUAGAGCAUGGGGAUUACCCUCCUGUUGGAGGUGUUCGAGCUAUCGUCCUGGAGUCUAACUACCUGCUUGAGCCCUGUGGCUCUGGAAAGUCCAGACUAACUCAUAUCUGCAGAGUGGACUUAAAAGGAAGAACUCCAGAUUGGUAUAACAAAGCCUUCGGUCAUCUUUGUGCUGCAGAAGCUGCGCGGAUCCGCAACUCCUUUCAGCCACUAAUCACAGACGGCCCAGAGACUAAGAUUUGAGACUCUCUGAAGGUUGUCUGCUCAGCCUGGAAAUGAAGAUUGAGUCUUUUGGUCGUUGCUAACAGGCAGACACAAUGCAUAGACAGAACUGGACCCCAGAACUAAAGCACAGUUUAUUUUUUAUUUUUUUAAGAGUACAAAUAUAUUGAUAACUGUGAGCUCCUUUGUACAUGCACAAUGACAAAAGAGGAAACAUUAUAGGUGCUCACUAUAAUUACUUAUUUGUAAAGUAAUCAUCCUGCCGAUAUUGUUAGCAUUAGGAUUUUAUUUACCUUAUUGUUGCUAAACCUGUAUAUUAUAAUAAUUAUUAUCUUUGAUGUUAUUACAUUACUUUUGCUAUAAUCUACAAUGUCUAGGACAUUAGAGCUCUUAAAUGCUUCUGGGAAGCAUGUUAUCCGUUUUAGAUUUAAAGCUAUAAUUAUUAUUAUAUACACUCAAGUGUCUGUAUAUACUGUACGUGUGAAUAUACUGUACAUGCAAACAAGAUGUAUAUAUUGUAUAUAUGUGAGGGGAAAAUAGUACAUUUUGUUAAUUUACUAUAUAUUGAUUCUGCCACAGUGCCAACCUUCCUGUAAUUCACAUGGUACAAAAUUGUAAGCUGGUUUUACUUUGCUUCAGUAUUGCCAUUUUUAAUGGGUGUAAUUUUAUUCAACCUUGACCUCCUAUGGUUGUGAAAAGAAUGACUUAAGGUUUGACUUGAUCAUACCUGCUUUAGGGUACUGUACUUUGCAGUGUCAAGUACAAGAGACAUCAUUUUUUAAUAAAAACAUCAAAAUUA